AUGACCAUCGCCCAAACCACCCCCACCCCCGCCCUCUUCCAGCCUCUGCGCGUCGGCACCUCCGAGCUCAAGCACCGCGUCGUCCUCGCCCCGCUCACGCGCUUCCGCAACCACGCGUCGCACGUACCUGGACCCCAGCUGGCGGAGCACUAUGCCCAGCGCGGGAGCGUCCCUGGCACACUCCUUAUCAGCGAGGCGACGUACAUCGCGCCUCGCGCGGCAGGGCUCGCACACGCGCCCGGGAUAUGGAACGACGAGCAGGUUGACGAAUGGAGGAAGGUCACGGACGCAGUCCACGCCAAGGGUUCCUUUAUCUACCUCCAGCUCUGGGCGCUCGGGCGCACGGCCGACCCCACCUCCCUCGCCGGCGAAGGCACCUCCCUCACCACGGGCAAACCAUACGACGUCGUCGCCCCCUCCCCGGUUCCCCUCCCCAAGCCCGACGGCACCACUGGCGCCCUCCCGCGCGAGCUCACCGUCCCCGAGAUCAAAGAAUACGUCCACCUCUACGCGACGGCUGCUGAAAACGCGGUACACAGAGCAGGAUUCGACGGCAUCGAGCUGCACGGCGCGAACGGCUUCCUCAUCGACCAGUUUCUGCAGGACGUGUCGAACACCCGCGACGACGCGUACGGCGGGAGCGUCGAGAACCGCGUGCGUUUCACGCUCGAGGUCAUCGAUGCGGUGAUCCAGGCGAUCGGCAAGGAGCGCACGGCGAUCCGGAUCAGCCCCUGGGGCAAGAUCCAAGGUAUGGGCAUGUCCGACCCCGUCCCGACCUUCACCCACCUCGUCGCACAGCUCGCCGCGCGCGACAUCGCAUACAUCCACGUCAUCGAGCCGCGCGCGCAGGGCCUCGAGGUCAUCGAGGACGCACCGGGUUCAAAUGAUUUCCUCCGCAAGAUAUGGGGAAGUAGACCGUACAUCGCCGCCGGCGGAUUCACACGCGAAUCGGGGAUCAAGGACGCGGAGGAGAAUUUAAAGAGCGGCUUGGUGGCGUAUGGAAGGCUGUUUAUUUCCAAUCCCGAUCUACCAAAGCGCCUGGAGAAGGAUUUAGCGUUGACGCCGUCUGACCGCUCGAAGUACUACUUGCUUGGUGAUUUGACGCCGUUGGGCUACACAGACUGGGAGUUUGCAGAGGAAAGCUAGAUCUGAAGACGAACGCGUGUUAGUACUAUUAUACCUGUAGAUUUCCCGUAUAGUUAACCUUCUUACCGUUAUUCGUAUGGUUCUGUUUGGCUCUUGCGUUGAACUGGAGGGCAGCCUGAUCCUCCCGAUUUGUUCUACGCUGAAGCCCCUCACAUAUGAAUUGAUGUGUAAUCCAACUACAGGCCACUUAGAAAGAUUUC